AUGUCUGUUCUGCCGGUAGCAUCAAGCCAACAUCUUACCUCGACUUCGUACUUCGACUUUCUUCCCGACGAGCUUAUUGAUUACAUCUGCCGUCAUGCCCGAGCUGUUCCUGCUUUGCCGAUUUACGAAAAAAGAUCUUCUUGGUUCUGGGAGCCCUCUUCUCGAUAUAUGUUGGAGAUGCGUUUCCUUCCCCCAACAGACCAUGUGGCGCUCCGACUCGUAUCCAAGCGUUUAAACAGAAUCGCCACGCCAUAUAUCUGGGAAACCCUAGACGUCCAACUAUCCCAUCAAGUCGAGCAAGCAUCUUACUUACGAGCAGCUAAGUCUCGCGGGGCGCUCGGUUGGAAGCGUUCUCGAAAAUCUGUGCAUAUCCUAGACUAUGUCGCAUCGCAUCCUGACUUGGCUUCUAUGGUCCGUAUCUUGUGUCUUCGCGUCUCCGGGUAUACUUUCACAGCGUUAGCAAGAGGAGAACCGGAGAAUGAUCUUGAGAGAUGUAUUGAAAGGCUGUUGACUGCGACUACUGGCUUGACGGCUUUUUGUAUCGACAAGGCUGAUCUUUUGACACCUCUCGCUGUCUCUCGUAUAAAAACCUACAAGACUUUGCGACUUCUGGAUCUGCGUACUGUAGGCUUUCGCGGUGCAGGUCUUCGCUUGCUUUCCGAGGAAGAACUGCCUAACGUCGAGUGGUUCGGCCUGAGUGUGUUUAACCUAGCGUACAAGUCGUUGAAACUACCGAAGAACUUGAAGAGAGUGUCCUUGCAUUGUGAUAGCAUGUCGACCUUCGUAAGGAACGAAGCUGUUGUUCUCGAUUCGAAUAUUUCUAUUGGCACGAUCGAGGAACUUGCGAUAUAUGAUAAACAUGGAGACGUGGCGUUGUUUAUGAGUAGACACUUCUUGAACGCUCGAGCUCGUAACCAAGCAGUCGCGUUGAAAGAGCUCUUCCUCGACCUAGAAUGGUGUCAUACAGCUCGCCUCAGCGAGAUCUUAUCAAACUUCCGUGGACGCGAAUUGGAGAGCCUAACGAUACGGAACUUGCAUCGAAUGACUCCUGCCGGGCUGAUGGACAUCGUGGCAUAUUUUCCAAAUUUGCGUCAUUUGGCGUUGUCAUCGAGUACGACAGAUAUUGUUGCGGCGUGGAUCACUGGAUGCUUCCAUGAUUAUGUUGACGCGUUACAGGGCGCGAAGCAUUUGGAAAGUCUCGAGUGGGAUAACUCUGCGCUGUGUUAUUUUGGCAAAGGAGCCGAGGAAAGCACGGAAGGAUGUAGAGCAAGCGUCGUAGGCGUCGUGAAACUCCCAAGCCUAAAAAAGUUGCGCCUUAUCUCAUUUGCGACGUGUACGGUUACAACGUGCGCCAUCCGAAGGAAAGAAUGCGGAGCGUACGGAGGGUAUGAUUUACACAAGUCGGAUAUUUUCGUUGACUUUGAGGCUAGUCAACAACUAAUAGCGAGCCUAAAUAAUUAUUUAAUGCUUUCGGUGAUGACGUGUCGUCAUGGUGUAGAUCAGGGACCGGCCGGAAGAAGCGAGAUCUCUCCGUUUCGCGAAAUUAAAAACACAGAAACGGCUGCCACUGCGGCAGCUGACAAAAGCCGUGGGCGCCAUGGGGGUCUGCGAAUAGACACGGCCUGGUAUCUGUAG